UCACCCUAGGACACGAUGCCCAUCAAACCAAUUGGAUGGCUAUGUGGGCAGGUGAUCAAAAGAUUUUCUGGACAAGUUUACCUAAUCCAGAGAGCAGUUGUGGAAAUUAUAGAUGAGAUUAAGGAUGAAUUUCCAACCAUAAUUGGAUUGCAACAGUCAAACCAGGAAAUUGCUCCCAUUCUACAAGCAUCCAGAUCAGUUGUGGCAAGUGCAUUCUCUUCAUCUCCUGGAGUAAGAGUUAUUAAUGGGCUAAACACAAUAUCAACAUCUUCAAAAUCUGUUGCCAAAGUCUUGCAGCCACAACUUGUACAAAAUUUUGCAGAGUUAAAUACUAUGUCUCAUCGUCUUCUGAAAAAUGUAAACAUACCAAAGCAGCCUCUCUAUAAAAAUCAGGGUAGAACAUUUUCCCUGUUUGAUGUGAUCUCCUAUCCAGCAAAGACUGCUCUCACCAGCAUAAUGUGUGCUUCCUAUGCAGCACUAAUUUAUGUGGCACUCUCUAUUAACACAGUACUAGGGAAAAUAAAACACAUUGUUCAAGAUGAAAAGACCUCAAGAGAAAACGCUAAGAAUGAGGAAGAAAAAGAUGUAUUCUCCAAAUAUGAAGAUUUAGCAAGUUUCCCUGUAUCCUCUCCAGAGAAGCAAGUCUUUUCUGAAUUUCCUGCUGAAGAUUCAACUAAGAGCAGCAUUCACAUCCUACAUUCUGCAUUGGAUCAAGAUACAGUACUUAGUAGUGGUAACUGAAGCUCAAACAGGCUUGUGAGCUUUUUGUUAGUGCACUGAAUGUUUAAACAAAAACACUUAACAUAUACAGAAUUUACAUUCUCUAUUUGUUAAUAAAAUAAUUAGUACAAAUAGUUUAAUGUCUUCAGAGUUCCUUGACUAGUGAAAGAAAAAAAAAUCUAGGUAUGUGUCACUCAGAACAGUUGAGGCUGAGGGCCUUACUAUGAAUGUUUUUAGUGCCAUGUUCUAUAGCAUUUAAAUUUCUUCGUGACACAAAGUGUUGUGUAAAUUUCACUGAUUAUGCAAGUAAAAGCAGGGAAUUUUUUUAAAGUCUGGAGUCUAGUGUGUUCCUUUUAUACCAAAUUCCACAAUUCUGGCCAAUGUCUAAUUGCAGUUUUUAGCAGACAGACACUGACUGUCAAGGAUUAAUGUGUAUUUUGUCUCCUUUACGGUGGUUCAACCUGCCAAGGAUAUUUCUCUCAUUUUUUCCCUUUAUCCAGACUUUUCUCAUCUCCUGUCUUGAUUCAUUGGAGCAGGAUGUUUGACUUCACAAAAUGUUACAAAGUUUAAAAAUAACCAUAUUCAAUCAUGUCAGAAAUAUGAAAAAAGAGAUUCUCUUUGGGCUCUACCCAAAGCAUUAACAGAAUACUCUCCUGUGUCCCAUUGUUACUAAGUACUGAAGAGGCCAUGCAAUCUCUUAUGCUUCAUUUUUAAAUCUCUUUAAAACUUCAAAAGCCAAAUUUUAAUGAAGUGAGGCCCCAGGUCCACAAGCACCAUCUUAAUCUAGCAUUUAAACACACCCCAUUACUCCUUAGUCAAUGCAAAUACAUGAUGUACACAUACAGCUCUACUUAUGUAUAAACAGAUCUACCCAUCUGUGAUGGGUUACAUCCCCACUGAUAUACUGGGGUACCCGCCUGUUCCCCCUUACACUGUCCAGCUGAGCCAGGCCCUCAAGCCUCCGUCAGCACACACACAGGUAGGGACACAACCAGCUUCAGAAAGACACAGACACUGAAAUCAGCUCUGCAUGGGAAGGCUUCAGCUAAGGAAAUGCCCAACACUCAAGUGUACAUCCCCUCUGGAGUGUAAACCCAAAAUUGUACUGUCUUGUGCUGCACAGAGA